CUGACUGAGAACACAAAUGUUUAAAUCCUAACAAAGUUACGUUUCCGCCACGGCCCGCGGCUUAAACUCACCGUGCCGUGGUGCUGACCUCUAUAGCACUUUGCUUCAACCAAGGCACUGAGCCGCUCCAAUCUCACUUUCACCAAAAUACGGAAUGACCAUUUUCAACAACCAGGUUUCAUCGACGGCCUUCUUAGAGAUCGAAAAUAUUCUGUCAUACAGAUUCAAAAGCUUCAAACAACUGAAGCAAGUCCAAGCUCGUCUUCUUCGUUUCGAUCUCGACCAAGAUAAUUACCUCGUAAACAAGAUUUUACGUCCAUAUCUAGAAUCUGCAAGAAUUUCUCAUGCUCGCAAAGUGUUUGAUCAAAUUCAUGAACCAAAUAUCUUCUUAUGGAAUACAAUGGUAAGGGGGUUCGUUUCCAAUGAAUGCUUUCGUGAAGCGACUGAGUACUAUGCGUUUAUGCGAAAUGAAGGUAUGUUGCCUGACAACUUUACUUUCCCGUUUGCACUUAAGGCUUGCUCAUUGCUUGGAGAUCAUGGGUUUGGUAUGGAGAUACAUGGUGAUGUCUUGAAAUGUGGGUAUGAAAUGGAUGGGUUUGUCAUGACUAGUUUGAUUCGAUUGUAUGCGAAAUGUCGAUGUAUGAAAGAAGCUCAGAAGCUGUUUAAUGAAAUGCCUGAACCGAAUGUUGUUGCGUGGACUGUUAUCAUUGCGGGGUACGUUGAGUCUAAGGGAUAUAACGAGGCUUUAUGUAUGUUUACGAAAAUGUGGCAUAUGGGUUAUAUACCGGAUAGUUAUACAAUGGUUCGUUUGAUUUCUGCUGCUUCUAAUUUAGGGGAUGCGAGAAACGUUAAUUGGAUAGAAAAAUAUGUAAGAAAGAUGGGUAUGGAGAAUAAUGUGUUUGUUGCUACUUCAUUACUGGAUAUGUGUGUCAAGUGCGGAAGCAUGGAGAUGGCACGCAGUGUUUUUGAUAGGUUGCGGGCAAAGGAUGUUGUUGCUUGGAGUGCAAUGAUUGGUGGUUAUUCAUCGAAUGGGCUCCCUAAAGAAGCUAUUGACCUAUUUUUACAAAUGCAGAAGGAGAAAAUGAAACCUGAUAGUUUCACCAUGGUUGCAGUUCUUUCUGCUUGUGCAAGAUUAGGAGCUCUGGAACUAGGUGAGUGGGCAAGUGGUUUUAUUGGGAAAGAAGAAUAUUUGCUGAAUCCGUUCUUGGGUACAGCAUUGAUAGACAUGUAUGCAAAAUGUGGAAGCAUGGAUCGAGCGUGGGAGCAGUUCAAAGAAAUGAAGAACAGAGAUUCUGUUGUGUGGAAUGCUGUGAUAUCUGGACUCGCCAUGACCGGACAUGUGAAAGCCGCAUUUGGGCUUUUUGCUCAGAUGGAAAAGCUGGGAAUUCUACCUGAUGACAACACUUUCUUGGGACUUCUUUGUGGUUGUACCCAUGCAGGUCUUGUUGAUGAAGGGUUGAAGUAUUUUGAUGGCAUGUCUCGUGUCUAUUCUUUGAAUCCCAGGAUUGAGCAUUAUGGAUGCAUGGUUGAUCUUCUGGGACGAGCUGGUUUGCUAGAGAAGGCUAAUCGGUUGAUUGAAGAAAUGCCAAUGGAGCCCAAUGCGGUUGUGCUGGGGGCGCUAUUGGGUGGGUGCAGGAUACACAAGGAUACACAAACGGCUGAACAUGUAUUAAAGAAGCUAAUUCAGCUAGAACCUUGGAAUGCAGGGAAUUACAUCCUCUUAUCGAACAUUUACUCUUCCAGUGGUAGAUGGAGUGAUGCUGCAAACAUAAGAGCAACCAUGAGCCAAGAAGGAAUUAAAAAAGUACGGGGAUGUAGUUGGAUUGAAGUUGAUGGAGUCGUUCAUGAAUUUCUUGUUGGGGAUAAAACCCAUCCAUUUUCCAGAAAGAUUUAUGAAAAACUCGAGGAAUUGGGUAAGGAGAUGAAAGCAAUUGGUUACACUCCUACAACUGAGUUUGUAUUGUUUGAUAUUGAAGAGGAAGAGAAAGAACAUUCCCCUGGUUGUCACAGUGAGAAACUGGCAAUUGCAUUUGGUCUUAUAAUUACGAGACCAGAAGACAGCAUUCGGAUAACCAAGAAUCUCCGCGUUUGUGGUGAUUGUCAUACUUUUAUUAAACUUGUUUCGAAGAUUACUAGCAGGGAAAUUAUUGUUAGAGAUAAUAACAGAUUCCAUUGUUUCAAAGAAGGAUCAUGUUCUUGUAAGGAUUAUUGGUGACAAACCAACAAUAAUACCAAUUGAAGCAUUGUUUUA